AGUUUAACCGCUGGCGCCAGUGUAGUCGUAUCUUUGAUUUUGUUUCUUAUGCGACUUGGCGGAUAAAUUGCGUAUUUUUAUGCGGAAGGAGCUGAGAAAAUGUGUCAUGUUGUGUAUUGUGUGAAAAUUGGUGUCCUCACGAACAAUUUAAAGUGAUCCAGUGGUGUGUGGGUGUGCAAAUAGUGGACAAAAUCCCGGAUCAAAGUUGUCGUAUUUGGUGUGUAGUGUGAAAGCAAAAAAGGAAAGAGAAAAUAAACUCAAAAUGGCGACUUCUGACGAUGAGCCAAUGCAUUUGUACGAAGUGUUUCAGAAUUGCUUCAACAAAAUUGCCAACAAGCAGAACGGAGCAGAGAAAGGUUACCAAUCAUCGACGUACAGCGGAAUGGAAAAUGGAAUGUACGGUCCGGAUGAUUUUGCACAUGAGAAUCCUGUUGGAGUGACGAGGUAUGCAUCGCCAAAGGCGGUCGGUGCACUCUACCAGCCGGAACCGUACUUUGACUCUACGGCCACCACAUGGUAUGCAGCUCCGUCCUCCUGUGGGGCCUACACACCCCAGACGGCAGCCUCCAACUACCACAAUUCCUCCCACAUUAGCCCAGCGCCUCAUCAUGGGGGCGCCAGUGGUGGCAAUCACUAUAGCAUGUCACCCAGUAUGAGUCACAUGGAGGGCGGGCAGCUGUCACAGACGCAAACUCUGCCGCCGAUGAGUUCCUUUCGUGGCGGCACCAGUGGGGCUGGACCCUCACAGGCCGUCUACAAUCCACAGUUGUCUCUUCCACACAAUCAUCCCCAUCCUGAGCACAGUCCCGUCCUUGAGGCAGGAGACACAAUUGUCCGGAAGGCAGCACAUAAUAUUUAUUCACCUGAUCAGAAUCUGGCAUAUACAAAUUCAAAUGCAUCAACCCCUGUGAAUUCACCCCCACCACUCACAUCGCAGACUCCACUCCAUCCACCACAGAAUCCAGUAAUUGCCGGCCAGCCGGGAAGUGCUCCGAGCGGUGCAACGUCCUGGCAACAAUUGACACCUGUCCUCAGCACGACGGGCGUCGCUGGUGGGAAUCCCAGUGUCAAUGGCCUUCAGAAUGGAGCCUAUACUCCAGAUCUGGUGGCCAGAGGACUUAUGGCUAAUCCGCCAGAAACACAGCCAUUAGAUGAUGCCAUUGUUUUUUUGCGAGACCAUUCAGAAAGUACGAAUGGGGCUCGAAUGGAGGAGCGACUAGAUGAUGCCAUAAAUGUAUUGAGAAAUCACUGUGAACAACCCCAACUGCCGAUGCCGCUGACAGGAUUGGAUCCAGCAUUUAUUGGGGCGGCGGGUGGAAGUGGUAGUGGACCAGCACCCGCAGUUGCCACAACACAAUUGAUGCCAUCUCUUCAAAGUGACAUAAAGGCCGAUCCGAUGGCGGGAAGCAUAAAGCAAGAAAGACUCACAAGUGGCAAUUCCAAAAAAAGAAAGGAACCGCCAGAAGCGGAUACUAAACCGAGUAGUUCAGUGGAAGGACCUUCAAAAGGCUCAGCUAAGAGACCACGCCGAUACUGCUCAAGUGCUGAUGAAGGUGAUAAUUCUGAUCCAUCGUGCAGUAAAGCGGUCCGGGAAAAAGAACGUCGACAAGCUAAUAAUGUUAGAGAGAGUAAAAUCUCGCGCAGUUGUUCGAGCGCUGAUGAAGAUGAUGAGGAACCCGGUCUCAAGGCAUUGAGAGAGAAAGAGAGACGGCAAGCAAAUAAUGCUCGUGAAAGGAUACGGAUUCGGGAUAUAAAUGAGGCUCUAAAGGAAUUGGGCAGAAUGUGCAUGACACACCUGAAAUCAGAUAAGCCACAAACAAAAUUGGGUAUUCUCAAUAUGGCAGUGGAAGUGAUAAUGAAUUUGGAGCAACAAGUUCGAGAGAGGAAUCUUAACCCGAAAGCAGCUUGCCUAAAGAGGAGGGAGGAGGAGAAGGCGGAGGAUGGAUCAAAAUUGCCACAACAUCAUAUGAUAUCCCAAGGAUAUCCCUCAAUAUCCGGUCCACACUCCAACUUAUCACACAACAACAGUCAUUCACAAUAGCACUUAACAGUAUUUUGGCGAUAACAUCGUCGUCGUAUCGUGACAUUUUAUCAACAUUUGACGAUUGCAGUGAAGUUAAUGGUGUAGGUGGAAGUUGUCGAUUUGAAGGGGGCGGCAAGAGAGGAGCAUGUGAAUGAAGGUAAAAUAUUUGAGAAAAAAAAAUAUUAAAUCACGAUGAAAAAGAAAA